UUCGCUUUUGCACUCUUCUAAUGACUACUCAUCUAAUCUUACUUCAAAGAACACAACAAUGCCAGUCCUCCUUCCACCUCUCUAUCUCGCCUUCCUGGCUACUCAACUGUAUGCACUGAGAAUUCACUGCCCGCACCCACCAUCCGGCCUCGUCUAUCCAACUUCUAUCCAAGUACUCAAAUUCUUCUCGGUCGUAGCUGGAUCCCUUUCCUGGACGCUGAUCGUCUCGCUUCCAACUUCCACGGCCAUUGGCACUACGGUUGUCAUUGCCUUCUUCCCCAGCAGCUCACUGUUGUUAACAUGGACUGCACUGACAACACUCUCCCGCACCUUCUCCGUAAUCUUUGGCCGUGUGACACCAAAGUACAUUGUUAGCACGGCUCCAUUCGCACAUGUUAGGCAUCCAACGUACAUCUCUUAUGCAUCGGAGUUGCUGGGCGCUGUCUUUUUUAUAUUGGCUUCUUACCUACCUACAUACUUUUCCAAAAGAAUCGAUAUUGAGGGCACCGGGCUGUCGAUGCCCGUUCGCUGUGUGGGUCUUGUGACAAUGGUUGCGGGGUUUAUGUGGUUGUAUAGGAGAUGAGCGAAACUGGAGGAAGAACAAUUUAUGAGGAACCAAGAGAUUGCUGGUGAAGAGAAGACGGUGGAGGACAUCGGAUUGGUGUGUUUAGCGUACAUCAGGAGGGUGAAGAGUUGAUGGAUUUCGAAGGUGGUUUGAGGUGGCUCAGGAAGCGGACGGAGAUA